AUGCGUCAAGAAUCCAGUCAAUGUGUCAGUGAUUUUAUUACUAAUCUGACUCUGGCCAUCCAGGACUGUGAGUAUAAAGAGAUCAAGGUAGACAACUUCGAGCACCCAAUGCUUGUUCAGCAGUUGAUCGCCGGUCUGCGCGAUGAAAAAUCUCGUGAAAAUCUCUUAUCAGAGAAGAAGGAUUUGUCAUGGGAGAAAGCCUGUGAUAUCGCCAGUCAUCAGGAGCGCGUGCGGCAAAACCUUCAACAGCUGAAUCAGUCAAACGAUGGUGUGAUAGCAUCCUUGGAAUCUGAAAUGGCUGUCUCCCUAGUCAACACUGCUGUGUCUUCACCUAGACAGCUACCUUCAGCUCCCUCAAAACAACUACCAUCCUGCUACCGUUGUGGUCAGCAUCAUCCGGUGGUCAAACUGUAG